CCAAAGUUGAAGAAGAAAAAGGCCAAAAUUGUUGCCUUUGAAUCAUUGGAGUUGGGUUCUCGAUAGCAAAAUGGAUGAGAAAUUUUCUCAGCUUACUGAGCAAAUGACUCACAUUCACUUCACUUUUCAUGCACGAGUGGAUGUCUUAGAGGAUAUGGUGAAAAAGAUCCAAGCUGAACUAACUUCAUCAUGGGCAGCUGCUUCCUCAUCAACUGUUCCAGUUCAACAGGAACCUCUAGUUGAAACUCAACAAGAUACAAUCAAAGCUGCUGGUUCUGAUCAAGAAGAGGAUGACCAAGUUGCUACUCUUGCUUUAGAAAAGGAUGACCAAGCUACUACUACUGCUCUAGAAGAGAUAGAUCAUGCUGCUGCUUCUGAUCAAGCAAAGACUGCCUAGGAUGCUACUGCUACUACAUUGGCUCAUAUCCAUGAAGCCAAUACUGAGGGUGAACAACAACAAGAUCCUUCCGACACUUGAGCUGAUGAUGAUGCUCUUGCACUAGCUGUGUCCAUUUGAGCAAAAAGGUUGAAGACUCAGGCUGAAAAGAACAAACUUCCCCCAAGAAGAUCCUCAAGACACCAUAACUUAUGAACAAAGAGGAGGAGUAGUUUUACUAUUUACGUGUGCUGAUGUGGUAGCUGAGGUGAUGACUUUGGGCUGAAUUGAGGUGGUGAACUGAUGUGCUCACCUUGGUGUGAAGAGAGAGAAUUUUUAUUUUUGUUUUCUUUCAUGCAGAACUUUUUAUUAUUGUUUUUGUUAGUUUAAACUUCUCUUGAACUUAUUACUGAUGCAUUUUGUU